GGUGUUGUCCACUUAGCUUGUGUUCCACCCAUCAGCCAAUUGGGCCUUUAUUCUAUUAUGACCGCUGCACAUUGAACUCUCUCUCUCUCUCUCUCUCUCUCUCUCUCUCUCUCUCUCCGUCCCCUUCCCCUCGCUUUUCAGUCUCUGUUUUUCCCGCUCUCACGUCUUCCCAUAGCUCUGUCUCGGUCUGUUUCUCCCGCUCUCACGUCUUCCCUUGGCCGAGCUAAGAGCUAAGCUCGAGAGCUUCUGGUCCGUCGUGAAGAUACGCAGCAGCAACCAGCCUUCCUUUUCCCUUUUCUGGUCUCGCAUACAGGCGUUGUAGGGGGUAGUUGCAUCGUGUGUCGUGUGCUCGGAAAUUGACGAUAGCUGGAGCGCUUGUCCAAGGUGGUCAUGUUUCAGGCCAGAGGAGCAACGCCUUCUUCACUUCAUUGAAAUUGAAUUUGGCAUUUCUUCCAUCUUCCAAGGCUGGUGCUGGUACCGGUGCCGUGUUGUCGACGAGGAUCAUAUGGGGGAACAGCCACGGGGAUCUCGGGUAGGCUAUCGUCAGGAGGGAAGAAGCAAGAAAUGGUGCCCCGGGUUAAUCUGCAAAGGAGGAGAUAAGGGGGGUAGUGGAAGCGGGGAGGUGGUGCGCAGGCGGCGGUAUCGGGACUUGGAGUGUUGGGAGGGGUAGGUGAGGGGAGAGUAAAAGUGGAAGACGAGGAGUGUCGGAAGGAAGAGAGGAAAACGAAUGAGAGAGAGAGGAGCCAGCCCAGGUUAAUGGGCAAAGGAGGAGAAGAUAAGGGGGUAGUAGAAGCGGUGAGGUGGUGCGCAGGCGGCGGUAUUGGGAAGGGUAGGUGAGGGGAGAGCGGAGGGGAAGAUGAGGGUUGGAAGGAAGACAGGGAAACGAACGAAUGAAAGAGAGAUGAGCGAGAAGUGACCGGGAGAGGAGUAGAGGGGUGGAGUUCUGACACCUCGUGCUGCUUGUCGGGACGGCAUUAGGCUUUUGGACUCGUCUCUGGGCCACGUGGGCAAUCACAGAGGCGUGAUUUUGCCUGGGCGGGGGACACGUGUCUUCCUCCUUCUCCAUGUGUGAAGGAUUCCGAGAGACGAUGCGGGAUCUCGUUAAUACAGGAUAAGAAAAGGGAGAGAGGAGAGAGGAGAGAGAGGAGAGAGGUGCGCGGGUCGGACAAUCUCUGUCGGUCGGCGGGGAGUCAUCUGUUCAUCUGGGAUUUGGUGGACUACAAGGUGGCCCAGGAAGACUGGCUGGUCUCCGGCUGAGCGACAAGGACCUGCUAUAUAUAUAUAGAUAUAUAUAUACAGUGUGACAAUAUAUAUAUACCUAUAUUCGAGGCGCAGAAGACAGGGGAAGCAGGGGGAGGAGGGAAGAAGGGGAGGGCGGGAGGAGAGAGAGUGAAGGUCCCACGUUCUCCGUCUGUUAUCUGUCGGCUAUCUACACAACAUACUGGGGGAGACGGGAGGAGAGGACUGGUUGGUGGCCUAGUUGGAGGGGUGGAAAAGAGAGUGAAGAAGACACGUGUACACGCCGAGAGAGGGACGGUCAGUCUGAGAGUGCUUGCGUGGCAUGGAGUUGGCGGACAAGCCAGUCCAGAGAACGGCGGGAGAAUAGCGGGGGAGUGAGGGAGGGGAGAGAAGAGACGAGAGGAGAGAGAGGGAGGAGUGGAGGCGGCGGAAGGGGUGGCUGUAAACCGACCGGGGGAAUGACGAAGAACAGAGGGGUUAUUGAUUGAUUGAUUGAUUGCUUGACUCUACAUUUUGUUGCGGAACCAUUUGAUGAUACUCUGCGUAAUCCCAUAACCUUAAAUUACAUCGGGCGGGGACUCUACAUUAGCAGCGGCGUGCUGGUUCUGAUGAGCAGCACCGGCAAGGUAGGAUUGUAUGUACGGGUGGGCGGUGUGAGGGGUGAGGGGGUGGCUCAGCGGAGGAGGGAAGUAUAGGCUGGAAGCGACGCUGGGAAGGUGAGAGCAAGGAGGGGAGGGGAGGGGGAGAGGAGAGGAGGAGAGGAGAGGGGGGUACCUGCUGGGGCGGUUUGAAAUUAUCGCGGCGGCGGGCAAGUAAAUCGGCGGCCCGCAUCACGAGACGGGGUGUAGAGGAAGAACAGGUGAAGUCCAGCACCUUCACCCUCCAAAAAAUCGAAGGAAGGAGAGAGGGAGGAGCUGGAAGGUAAGCCCUCCGCCAGAGGGCAGAACGAAAUUCCCCUCUCGCUUAUCUUUCUCUGGAGCUCUGAGCUCACGUCACCGCAGUCCCCACAAGGAGUUUUUCAUCGACGAAACGCCACUUCGUCGUCGUGCGUGCGCCCUCUAUGCCUGCGGUCCAUCUGUGCCCAGUGCACGUGGUCCGUGUUUGAGCGUGAGGCGAGAUUGUCGAGGGAAACAGGGGUGUGUGUGUGUGUGUGUGGAGAGAGAGAGAGAGAGAGAGAGAGAGAGAGAGAGGGGGGGAUUCAGAAGACGGACGAAUGGUGUGGCAGUGCGGGCGACGACGGUGCGAGAGGCGUGCCGACGAGAAAGGGGCCGCCGCCGCCGCCGUUGAAGAGGGGGAAAGGGGUGUUUUUGGGAGUGUGGCCGGCGCAGCAGGGAAGGGUGAUCGGCGGCAUUGAGUUGUGUGUGGCGGCAUUGAGUUGACUCGGCGCGCGAGGCGCGGGGAGUUUCCAAGAGACUGGCAAGCGGAGGUGGGGGGAAUCGGGCGGAAGAGGUGGGGAAGGCGGGCGAGGUGGGGACUCGGAAGCGCGGAGGCGUGGCGCGCCGGAGUUUCCAAGAGACUGGCAAGUGGAGGGGUGCGGGGAAUCGGGAGGAAGAGGUGGGGACUCGGAAGCGCGGAGGCGUAGCGCGCCGGAGUUUCCAAGAGACUGGCAAGUGGAGGUGGGGAGGGGAAUCGGGUGGAAGAGGUGCAGAAGGCGGGCGAGGUGGGGACUCGGAAGCGCGGAGGCGGCACGUGUCGAACGUGCUGCCUGUCGCUGCUGCGCCGGCAUAUGGGUGGUGCGCUGUUUGAUGCGAUCCGUCAUUGGUGCCGGCGGAGUUUAAGCCGAUUGACAGGGCAGUGCGUUGUUGCGGCGUCAGACUCCAACGAAGGUUCGAAUCCGGAGAGUGGAGUUGGAGGAGGAGGGCGUGGGCGGGGAAGAGCCUACGUCGGCGGAGGCGGCGGAGAGCUUGACCUUCAUCGCGUCCGCGUCAAGCUCCCUCGCAACCGCGGCGGCGGCGGCGGCGGCGGCGGCGGCGCUGCGGCUCGCGACGCCCGCAGGAAAGCCAUGGAUGAACGCGAGUUCUUCAGCGAUUACGGCGAGGCUAACCGGUAUCGCAUCCAGGAGGUCAUUGGCCGCGGCAGCUAUGGCGUCGUCUGCUCCGCCACCGACCAACUCACUGGUGAUAAGGUUGCCAUCAAGAAGAUCAACGACAUCUUUGAACACGUGUCCGACGCCACUCGCAUUCUCCGGGAAAUCAAGCUCCUCCGUCUCCUACGCCACCCUGAUAUCGUCGAGGUCAAGCACAUCAUGCUCCCUCCCACUCGACGCGACUUCAAGGAUAUCUACGUCGUCUUUGAGCUGAUGGAAACCGAUCUCCACCAAGUCAUCAAGGCCAACGACGAUCUCACUCCUGAGCACUGCCAGUUCUUUCUCUACCAGCUCCUUCGCGCGCUCAAAUUCAUCCACACCGCCAACGUGUUUCACCGCGAUUUAAAGCCAAAGAACGUCCUGGCUAAUGCCGAUUGCAAGCUCAAGUUGUGCGACUUCGGCCUCGCAAGGGUGGCCUUCAACGACGCGCCCACUGCCAUCUUUUGGACCGAUUACGUGGCCACGCGGUGGUACAGGGCGCCGGAGUUGUGCGGCUCUUUCUUCUCCCGCUAUACGCCGGCAAUCGACAUCUGGAGCAUAGGGUGCAUAUUCGCGGAGGUGCUGACGGGGAGACCGCUGUUUCCAGGCAAAAACGUGGUUCAUCAGCUGGAGUUGAUGACCGACUUGCUGGGGACACCGUCGUCGGAAUCCAUCGCGAAGGUGCGGAACGAGAGGGCGAGAAGGUACCUGAGCAGCAUGAGGAAGAAGGAGAGUGUGCGAUUUCAGGACAAGUUUCAGUCUGCAGAUCCGUUGGCGCUGAAGCUUCUCGAGAGGAUGCUGGCCUUCGACCCGGCCAAUCGGCCAACAGCAGAGGAGGCCCUGGCGGACCCCUACUUUGCCAGCCUCGCGAAGAUUGAGCGGGAGCCUUCUUGCCAGGCAAUCAGCCGAUUCGAGUUUGAAUUUGAGAGGAGGAGGGUGACAAUCGACGACGUCAGAGAGCUCAUAUACCGAGAGAUACUGCAUUAUCAUCCCAAGUUGCAGAGGGAGUACUUGAGCGGGCAGGAUAACGGGAGCUUCGUGUACCCAAGCGCAGUAGAUCAAUUCCGGCGGCAGUUUGCGCACUUGGAGCAGCAGUACGGAGAUACCAAGAAUGGGCCGGGGCCGGUCCCGGGGCCUCUGGAGAGGAAGCCGACGUCGUUGCCGAGGGAGAGAGUGAAGGAAUUUACGGUGGAGGCAGCAAGACAUGUCAGAGGAGGAGGAGGGGGAGGAGGAGAGAGGGAGGGAGACUUGGAAACGGGGGGGGGAGCGGAGAGAGAGCAUAGGGGAGACAGGUAUCAGCAACAGCAGCGGGGAGGGAGAGAGAGGGAAAGAGAAGCAGGGGGGGGAGGGAGAGAGAGAGAGAGGAAUGGGAGAGUGUCGGGGACGAAUGCUGUCGCGAAAGCUGGAGCGGGAGGAGGAGGAGGUGGUGGUGGAGGUGGAGGUGGUCUUCAUACUUCGGGUCCCGCCGCUGCUCCCCCUGCUGGGGGUGGGAGCGCGGCUGGUGGUGGGACUACUGCUUCUGCGGCUGGGACCACAACGGGGAAAACUGCCGGGGCGGGAAAUCUCAUGGGAGGAGGAGCAGGUAUUCCAGUCGCAAAUGGGGUGCACAAAGAGCCAUGUGCGGCCUCUUUGCAGGAACGGUGGACCCCAACAGCUGUGGCUUCAGCAUCUAUCAGUGUGCACUCAGCUUCCCACCGGUGAAAUGAUGGCAUGCCGACAUCAUCUUUGCCUGUGCUCCAGUGAUUACUUAUUGUCUUGCAUCAUAACGCCUUAAAAUCUUCAGGAGGUCUGCAAACGCUUCACGGGGUAUAACCUGUGCAAUGUUGGGUUGCAAGGUGGAUUUGAUGCCUGGUCUCCCAGAGUGAUGGCUCUAUUUCUGCCCAUACUGCCAGUUAUCCAUCCCUCUUCUUUGUGAGGUCAGGGCUUCUUUCUGGGCGAACCACCCAUGCGGCCACACGUUUAUGGUAUCUUGCGAGCAGACGGCACAGUGCGGGUAUUUUGGCAAGAAUAUCUUGUGUAGUGUACACUGAUUUCGGUCUUCGUCGGGCAGGAAUAUCUUCUGUAGUGUACGCUGAUCUCGGUCUUCGUCUCUUUCACUGCAUAUCAGGAGCGGGAAAAGGGCGGAACUGUUUUCUACAAUGCGGUGGGUAGCUGCUUUGUGACGCAGCAUGCAUGCCGCGACUAGUUCAAUGAAUGACAGGCAUAUGUUCCUCGGCAAGUUCUUGUGGCAGCCUUGUCUCUGUGCGCUUUCGGAAGGAGUUUCUGCCAUCUCCUUCGUGGUAGUGCCAGACAGAGUAAGGACAUUGCGGCAUGCUUGUUUCGUGCAAAUAUGGCGAGUUGGCUGCACAAUGCCCCGUAGGAUCAUGCCAGACACAUUGAGGGCAUUGCGGCAUAUGCUUGUUCGGCGAAAUAUGGCGAGUUGGCUGAGCAAUGCCUUGCAGGAUGCCUUGCGGGAUGUAUACCAACUUUUGUGAAGGGUGUACGUUCUUAUGUGGCAGUCUUCUGUGACAUGUGGCAGUCAUGUCCAGGAUGCAUAUCAAGUUCUAUGAAGAGCAUGCAUUCGAAAUGGGCAGCACGUGUGGCUUAGUGUCCGAAUGCAUGCUUUUGGAAAAGGCUCUUCUACUGGCUUUGUGCUGGUAGUGUAGUGUCAACCGCAUCUUGAGCAUCAAUGCAUGCUAGUUAUUCACUUCAUGGUAGAGUUAGACCAUGGCAGCUAUUACCGCGCGUGCAGUGGCACCAUGGCACGUGUGUUGAAGAGCAGGUUUAAUCAGACUCUUCUGUUUCCCUGAUAGCAGUUGUAGCGCAGAAUGAGAUGAAGUUGGGUUUCUCCAUAUCCUUGGCUGUCCUUUGCAACCAGUAGAAGCCCAUAAGCCCUGUCCACGCCUUGUGAAACUGUCACGAGGGGCAUCCUGCCAUCUUGCAUUCGUGCUUUGCGAUGUAUUCGUUAGUAAUAUGCGAGAGUGUUGAUGCUACACACUCGUGAAUAUACUGUAUUUUAGUUAUGAUUCUCUCUUGCACCUGCUUCGCUUUCUUGCGAGCAAACAUCAGUUAGACAGUUGGCAGCAACGCCUAGGCAAACAGCGCGCUUAGACUGGUGGCACAAUGAUGGAAAAGUGCUUCUCCAUCCAACCUGACCUUGUUCUUCUGAUAGAUGUCGGAACACAGUGCAUUUGUCUGGCACGGGUCAGUGACUGGCAGCAUAUUAACCACACAUCAAAGGCUGGAUAAUAGCGUCGGGGCCUUUUUGAAAGUGCCACAGCAGACAUUGAACAAACUCACUGACCGGGCUCUGCUCAUUUGGGGAAUAGUAGUCCAGCUCCUUUGUCGGAACCCAAAUGUCUUUCUGUGUCCAUGUGCUGCUGUGUCUGAAGUCGGCAUAAGUGUGGCUUCGGGCAAUGGUUGGUGCGCGCACCUCAACUUUUUGCAGUACUGUCUCAUCAUCACACACAUUUGGAAGCACUGCGAGCUCUCAACUCCUGGGUGAACUGCUCUCAGACCCUGCCUGAUGCUCCUGGGAAGACAUCUGGGUUCGGUAGACGAGCAAUGGGUCGGGUUCCCACCUGGGCAUAUAUGAGAGCUCGCAGCCUGUGGGAAAUCCAUGGGGUAGUCGUAGGAUACCCUUCCUGGAAGUCUCAACCGGUCUGAAUGAAUGGCGCUCAAGUCUGCAAUCUUCUCGUCUGACAGCAACAUGGUGACGGCAACAUGUUUGACCACGACGGCCAGUCCUAGUGUCAAGAGCAAGCACUGGAAUAACGAAGCGGGGACCUUGGUUAUUUGUCGAAACGACAAACGGUAGCCCUCACUCUGGUUCUAGGUCAGUCAAAUCCAGCGUCGUCUUCGUAUGCUCGGUUCCGUUCCGAGUGGCUGUGAUGGUGAUGCGGCCGAGUUGACAAGGCUGCAGCAGGGGCGUUCAUGUUCUUUUCGGAUCUGAUUCGGAAGAUUACAGUCCCUGUGACGGUAGCAUCUGCAGCAUUCAGCCGCGCUGGUUACAUCGAGCCUUCCAACUAAGAAGACGAUGGACACCUCUGUUCUUCUUCGACGGCAGGUCUCGAACUGAAUUGGCGCUGCCCUUGUCAUGCGCUUGCUGUUGCUUUCUUUACUCAGCCACCAAGGGUUUGUUCUUUCGCUUGCAUUUCCCUAUCCUUCCUGUAUCCAGGUGCUUCCGUGCGCUUCAUGUCGUCCUUUUUUUAUUUUGUAUUUGUGUAGCCCCAUCUCCGUCUGACACCGCCCACUAUAUUUGUGAUCUAGCCCCACCCCCACCCUCCACAGCUCAUUCCGUUGAUAGUGGCGUGUUCUCGAGCAGGAGCUUCAACGUUUCAACUGUUUCCGUUCCUUUCACUUCGAAUCGUUGGCUGUCUUCGUCAAGUUAAGAAGUCCGGCAUCCCUGGCUGUGUCUUUCAGGGGUCUUGAAUUUCUUGGUCGCGGCUUAGGUCCCCUCCGACAUGUUGCAUUGGCAUACAAUACUCCCCACUGAAAAUCGUUUGCCUUGUCGUCUUUGGGUUCUCGUCCUCUGCCGGCGCCAUGCAAGCCGCAGGAUUCCCGCCACCUGACGAAACAGCAUACCGAAGUUUGACGCUUUUCCUCCCGACAUGUCGCAUUGGCAUGAUACUCCCCACUGAAAAUUGUUUGCCUCUUUUUGUCUUUGGGUUCUCGCUCUCCGCUGGUGCCAUGCGAGGGGUUUUGGACUCUCAUUGGGUGCCCUCUGUGUCCCUUUUCUCCGCUAGCCGCAGGAUUCCCGCCGCCUGACGAAACAGCAUACUGAAGUUUGACGCUUCUCCUCCCGACAUGCCGCAUUGGCAUGAUACUCCCCACUGAAAAUUGUUUGCCUCUUUGUCUUUGGGUUCUCGCUCUCCGCUGGUGCCAUGGGAGGUGUUCCGACUCUCAUUGGCUGCCCUCUGUGUCCCUUUUCUCCGCUAGCCGCAGGAUUCCCGCCGCCUGACGAAACAGCAUACCGAAGUUUGACGCAUCUCAACGGAAACGGUUUCAAGAUUCGAAUCUGUAAAUUUGAUCCAUCCAUCUGCUCCUCGUCCUCAUUCUUUGCUACCCUCUCAUGGUGAUGACGGCUCUGUCAUCUUCCAACGUCGGUCAGUGUCUGUUUCUCUGCGCUAUUGUCCGAAUUUUUUCCCUGCUUCCACUUUUUACUCUUUAGCUACAACUGCUGUCCUUAGCCCUCUGUCUUUCUAAUGAAUUGUCGUUCAGUCCCCGUGGGACCAGUGGGACCAGUGGAACCAGAUCUUUGGACGAUGGGGUGUCAGAGGUCAGACUCGUGGUCCGAUAGAAGUCCCUAGACCUUGUAGGUUGUCUCGUUCGCGGUCGAUUUCUCCUUCCCAUCAUUUUUCAUAUGUUCUUGUUCGGUGUUUAGUGGUCGUCUAAGUAGUCAUCUAAGUAGUCGGUGUGUACACCGAGUUGUUGGUCGCGGAGCAGCUGGCAUAGGCGAACGCUAGGGGGUCUUUCUGAACUGAGAGAUGAGAGGGCUGCUAGCCUGGCAGGGGGGGGUCAUCAGACAUCAUCUCAUGCUUCCGAGGGGAAAUCGCAGCUCAAAUGUGCAAUAGGGGGUCGUUAGGAGGUCCGUAGGGGGCCCUUAAAAGUCCUUUAACCACAAAGA